GAGCCCCAGCCAGCUCACCUCCGCGUCGCGGCACCGGAGCCGAGCCUCCUGCCGGGGCUUGUCCCUCCUCUGCAGGCCGACAGCUCCCGCCGCCUGGGCACCCCCGCCCCGCGCUGCGACGCCCCGCAUCUCCCCCAGCCCGGGACCCUUCGUGCGUUUCCUCUGCGGUGCUGUGCUCCGGAGGACUUUCUGUUUGUCCGUCUCUUCCUCUUCCCUCUUUGUUGCUCUGAAAACCGGCCUCGCCAGAGACCCCCCCACUCCGCGGGGAGUUGGGCAUCCGGAGAAAGGCGGCCGCCGCGCCCCGCACCCGCCCCUCCCGCGGCCCCGCGCGACAGCCGGUGCGCCCAGCCCGCCCGCCUGGCACCCCGCCUGCGUCCGUUCGCCCGGGAAGCCAGCCGAGACCUCAUUGAUGCACCCAUUCCAGUGGUGUAACGGGUGUUUCUGUGGCCUGGGACUGGUGAGUACCAACAAGUCCUGCUCGAUGCCACCCAUCAGUUUCCAGGACCUGCCCCUCAACAUCUAUAUGGUCAUCUUUGGCACAGGCAUCUUCGUGUUCAUGCUCAGCCUCAUCUUCUGCUGCUAUUUUAUCAGCAAACUCCGGAACCAGGCACAGAGCGAGCGAUAUGGGUAUAAGGAGGUGGUGCUUAAAGGUGAUGCCAAGAAGUUACAAUUAUAUGGGCAGACCUGCGCCGUCUGUCUGGAAGACUUCAAGGGGAAGGAUGAGCUAGGCGUGCUCCCGUGCCAACACGCCUUCCACCGCAAGUGUCUAGUGAAGUGGCUGGAGGUGCGCUGUGUCUGCCCCAUGUGUAACAAGCCCAUCGCCGGCCCCUCCGAGGCCACCCAGAGCAUUGGGAUCCUACUGGAUGAGCUGGUGUGAGCGCUACCUCUGCACCGAGACCUGGAGAAGACCUCUUGCCUCGUGGGUGCCUGGUCCCUCUCUGCAGGCACAGCUCCAAGGAACAGGACUGUUGGGGGGGUGAUGGUUCCCCUUGGCUAAAGGGGAGGCUGGUGCAGGGCUGGGCUUCCACCGUCAGACUUGCCCCACCUCCUGCCUCCUGAAGCCUUCCUCCCUGCUCCUCAGUACUGGUGGCACCACUCGGCGAGACCACUGGAUCCUGGUACCAGACUGUCUACCUGCCUGGUCCCUGCUCUUGGGGAAGGAGUUCACCCCAAUCAACAGCAUGCAGAAAUCCCCUUUCAAGGUUCCCCUUAGGGAGGACAAGCUGUCCUGACCCAGGAAGGAUGAGACGGGCUCUGCCCCACCUACAACCUUCCCUCUCCUCCCCACUCCUAACGCAGGAAGGUCAGAAGGAAAGAUCAAGGAACCAAGUGCUCCCACCAGAGGCGAGGGAGGCUCUGUAUGAAACAGAAGAGCAGGGACAUCUCAAAGGAGAAAGUCAAUGUUUACAUGAGACCUACGGAAACAAAGGCCGCUGGCGGCCAGCUGGCUGCAGGGUAGUGAAGAGGCAGCCCCUGCCCCCUGCCAGGACCUGAGGUGCUAGCCCAUCUCUCUCUUCCUCAAUCUCAGAGCUUCCUAUUCCACGUGGGGGUCUGUGGGCCCCUCCAGAGGAGGGCUUGUUCCAUACUCAAAUUGAUUCCCAGGGGCUUUUUGUAAAGGAUCAAAAGGGGCCUGGGGAGGAGGGUGUCUGAGGUCAAGGUAGCAGCAGAUACCUUCUUCCCCUUUGUAAAUAGUAUUUUUGUACUUCAUUCUCACCAUCUCAGGAUUUAUACAUGGAUCCCCAGCAUGGAGGGAGGGAGGGGGACAUUUCUGUUACUUCCCGGAAUGGGUGAGGGUGGGAGAAAGUUAUGUAUUUAAAGAAUUAAAUUUAACAAGUUUCUCUAACCUA